GUACCCACGAAGCCUGGCAUUCUUGUCCAGACGAGUAAAGCAGUGGUGGCCACACCCUUAGGAAAUGGCAAGGAUGUGAAAGAUGAAGAGCACAAAAUAAAAGAGAAGCAAAAGGCUGAGAAUGCUGGAGAAAAUGGUCAAGAGAAUGACUAUUUGCAAAAACCACCCAUACCUGUCACUGGAAGUCCUUCAGUUGUUGAUAACCAUAAAAGACCUUUAAAAGGAGUGACAUUUUCUAGGGAGGUAAUUGUUGUGGACCUUGGAAAGGACAAUCCUAUAGCUCGAAGCUAUACUCGAUUACAUAAAGAGAGAAAAUGA